AUGGCUGCUACGUACAGCGCAGAGAUUCUAGAAUCGCCAGCAGCCCACCCGCUGGAGGCGCCAGCGGUCGAUCCGCAACCUGUUUCCAAGAAAAGAAAGCGAGGAACAAAGGUCCAAAUUACCACCAAGGAUGGUGUCAAGAUACCCAAGAGCAAGAAGAGAAAGGCGGACGAAGAGGAUGAAAUCGACCUUGAACUGGGUAUAAACACCUCGUUUGCGCACAUGAAUAGCCAACUUCUUGCCGAUCACAUUGCUCAGAAGACGCGGAAAUAUGAGAGCGACCUGAGUUCCAUAGAACUAGAAGACAAAUAUAUUCCAGAAUCAUACAUCUGCGAUACUACCUCCUGGUCCCAGAAAAGGACGCUUGACAACCUACCAGGGUUUCUAGAAAAAUUCGCGGGUAAUUCAACGAAAUUGUGGUCUGCGUCCAAGAAGAACGGGGCUCCUCAUACCAUAGUCGUUACAGCAGCCGGCCUUAGGGCUGCAGACAUUGCUAGAGCUCUUCGCAAAUUCCAGACAAAAGAUGCUAGCGUCGCAAAACUUUUCGCAAAACACAUCAAGAUACAGGACUCGGUGAAGUUCCUCAAAUCAACAAGGACCGGUAUCGCAGUUGGGACGCCGACAAGGUUGAAAGAUCUGUUGGAAGAUGGCGCAUUGAUUGUCGAUAGGUUAGAAAGAAUUGUGGUUGACACCUCUCAUAUUGAUGUGAAGAAGAGAGGGAUACUCGACAUGAAGGAGACACAUGUACCCUUGAUGACCUGGCUUGGCCGGAAUGAGUUCAAGGAGAGAUACACUGCUGAGAAAGAUGGGAUUCAAUUACUGUUCUACUAA